CGCAGGGACUCUCAGGGACCAGAAAGGGAAGCUGUGCGCCGCGCGGUUGGGUUGCCUCUGGCUCUUGCAGGCCAAGCGUGGCUCGGACGGUGCGUGUGUGCUUGCGGACUCGCGUGCAGGGCGGCUCCAGUGACCCGGCGCGUAAGCGUGUGCAGCGGGGAGUCCUCCGAGCGCUCCCAGCCCCGCUGUCCGGUCUGGAUGCCUUUCCGGUUGGCGCGCGAGGAGGGGGCUGGUAGCGGGAGAGGCGGGGACCCCCGAACGAGAGAAACCCCCGAGUCACCGAGUCUCUUUUGCUUGCCUCCGUAGACCAUGGACCUGCACGGCGGCCGCUGGCUCGGAGCGCGGCCGCCCGCCGAGAAGCCCAGUCCGCCGGUGUGCUGACCGGUUCUACUGCCUGUGCCGCCGGUGACCCCAGACGCUGCUUCCCGCGCGCCGCCCGCGCGCCGCCUGCACAGCGAGCCGCCCCCAGGCCCCGGCCGCGCUGCUUGCUGGAGGCGGCGGCGGGCCGGGGCCGGGGCCCGGCAUGGAUGGCCGAGACUUCGCGCCGCCGCCGCAUCUGCUGUCGGAGCGCGGGAGCCUGGGCCACCGCAGCGCCGCGGCCGCCGCGCGCCUCGCUCCCGCCGGCCCAGCCGCGCAGCCGGCCGCGCAUUUCCAGCCCGGAAAGUACUUCCCGUCGCCGUUGCCGAUGGCUUCGCACACAGCUGGCAGCCGCCUGAUGGGAAAUCCCCCAGCCUCCUCUUUCAUGGGCGGCUUCCUCACCAGCAGCCUGGGAUCGGCAGCUUCUGCACACCCCAGUGGCCCUACAUCUUCUCCCUCUGAGCCAGCCUACCGAGGGUCCCACCCCGCCACCUCCCAGAUCUGGUUCUCCCACGCUCAUGAAGCUCCUGCGUACCCCAGAUUUUCGGGGAGUCUGGCAUCCACCUUCCUACCCGUGAGCCACUUGGAUCACCAUGGAAACAGCAAUGUUCUCUAUGGGCAACAUCGUUUCUAUGGAACCCAAAAAGAUAACUUCUACCUGCGAAACCUGCCCCCACAGCCCACAAUCCUACCUGCCAACCACAACUUCCCGGGAGUGCCCCGAGCCAGCCCUGCUCAUCCCAUUGGAUCCUGCAGCCGGGACCGCAUCGAGGCUGCCCCGCUGCAGAAGGGUCCUAAGGAAUUUGACCGCUUCCUCAUGGGUAAAGAGCUGGGCAAAGAGAAAGCUGGCAAGGUAGCGGAAGGCAGAGAGCGCCAUGUGGCAGAGGAAGACAGCGGCAAAGACCGCCAAAAACUGGUGCCACCCAUGCCCCCCGAGGGGUCCUGCAAGGAGGGGGCUCCCGCAACUCGGGGGUCCUGUGAGGGCCGCCCCAAACAUCUCACCUCCUGUCUGCUCAACACCAAGGUACUCAACGGAGACAUGGGCAAGGCCUCACUGGCCAGCUGUGCAGGGGGAAUGCUAGGCCGGCCCAGCACGGGUGUAGCAGCACCUGGACGCUGUGCCAAGGAGGUGGCGGGCCCUGUGGAGCCCGGGCCGGCCUUCAGCGAGUGCCUGGAGCGGCGACAGAUGCUGCAUCAUUCUGUGUCCUACACAGUACCCUCUGGCCUGCCUGCCGGGCCGCCCCCUCCCCUCAGCACAGGCCCUGCAGGCUCCUUUCCCUGCCUGCAGCUGCAUGCAGGUCCAGAGGGGCUCUGCCCCCUUCAGGACAAAGUCUCCCGGGACCUAAAGGCCAGCGGGCCCACCUUUGUGCCUUCUGUGGGACACCUGGCUGACAAGAGCCGCCCUUUCCAAGUAGCAGAGGCCUGUGCCGUGGCAGGUGAUGGCAAGGACAGGCACCUGGAUGGGGCCAUGGCCCCCGACCAUGGCGCACCCUAUGGGGUCUCCUAUGCCCACCUAAAGGCCGAGGGCAAGGGUGAACGUCGACCUGGGGGCUUUGAGGCAGCCCUCCACCCCCGGCUGAAGGGCCUGGAGUAUCUCGGUGCCGGCCCUGAGGCCCCUUUCCCUGGACUCCCCAAAGGUGGUCUGGACAAGAGUGGCUACUUCGAGUUGCCUACCCCUUCACAGGACUGUGCCCGGCCCAAUCACCAAGACUCACUGAGUGGGAAGGCCACCCAGGCCUGCUGCACUUUAGACAAAAUGACCAGCAAAGAGGCCCCUGCUGGUCCCCCAGUGGCCCAGAAGGUGGCCCGGAUCCGGCAUCAGCAGCACUUGGUGGCUCCUGAGGUAGAGUCAGGGGGCAGUGGGGUUGAGGCUAAACGCAAGUCCGUGGAGCUGGCAUCCCUGGGUUACAGCGGGCCCCAUAUGCCUCCGUGGGGCGUUCAGACAGGCCACGGCACCUCCAUGGCCGUCAGUGAAGAGAGAAAGGGUAAUGCCUACCUUGACCCCUUCGGCAAUGGCCUACAGCAGGCAGCCCUCCUGUCCCAGGAGCUUCCCACUCCACCAGAUGAGGUCUCGGCCAUGAAGAACCUGCUCAAGUACAGCAACCAAGCCUUGGUCGUGGGCCAGAAGGCUCCCUUUGUGGGUCUGGGUGGCCUCAAAGCCAGCUGCGUCCAGCAGGAAGCCAAGUUCCCAGCCACUAAGGGCCCGGGCCCAGUGGAGAGACCGGACUGCGCCCGCAGCCGGGACCACGAGGCCCCGCACGGAGACGGGGAAGUCCGGCAGCCACCUGUAGGCAUUGCAGUGGCCUUGGCUCGGCAGAAGGACACCGCCAGCAGACCUGAUUCAGCCUACAGUACCAACAGUAGUGGGCGGCAGGGCAGGGCCGCCCCCACCUUCAAAGCUGCUGGAGCGUCCCGUGCUGCCCACGCGCUGGACCUGGAGAGUGAGGAGGAAAGGACGCGGAUGUGUGAUGACCGCCUGGGGCUGCCCGGCCGAGAACUGCUAUUACAAGACAACCAAGACCUCGUGGAAUUUGCCCGGAUCCACCCUUCAAGCAGCUGCCCUGGAGACCUGCCCCCACACCUCAUGAUGCAAGGCGGCCAGCUGGGCGGGGACCCGGCCCCCCACCCCCACCCUGCCCACCCCCACUGGCUGCCCCGCACCCGAAGUCCCUCCUUGUGGAUGGGGGGACAUUCCUAUGGCCUCGGACACCCUGCCCUGCACCAGAAUCUGCCCCCUGGCUUCCCGGCUUCUGUGCCCGGAUCCAUGCCCUCAGUGUUCCCCCUUCCCCAAGAUGCACCCACGCAGCUAGUCAUCUUACCCUCGGAACCCACACCCCACACUACCCCUCACACGCUUGCUGACGUUAUGGACCAGGCCUCACUGUGGCCCCCCAUGUAUGGGGCACGGGGCCCUCCUUCACAUAUGCAGCACCCUGGCCAGCUCCCAGUAUACUCUAGGUCCCAGCUGCUGAGGCAGCAGGAGCUGUAUGCACUGCAGCAGCAGCAGCAGCAGCAGCAACAGCAGCAACAGCAGCAGCAGCAUCGGGCCACCCAAGCACUGGAGCUGCCCCGAGCUGCCCAGUUCCAGCGCAAGCCUGAGGAUCGUCACGUGGAGCUGGAGGAGCCUGCCCAGGAGAAGGCCCCGAAGUCCACCCACAAGCCAGUUGCCUUAACCCCCAUGGCCAAGGGCACCCCCCCAUCUGCCCCUGCAGGCCUGGUCAAGCUAUCACCCUGCUGCCACUCACCCACUCUGAAGACCCCUGCUGGUGGCCCCACACCACCUCCUCGUCCCAACGCCCCCUGCACUUUAUCCAUCUGCCCUACUGGCAGCCCAGGGCCUGGCUCCAAGGUGCCUAGCACCAAGGACAAGAGUGGGGAGGGCCAGCGGGCUGGAACCGACCUCACCACGCUGGAACCAGACCUGCCUCCAGGAUUGAACCCCACGGCUGGUGUGGACUUCUCCCUCCCUGCAGAUGUGCACUCCUCUGAACCCCCAGACCCCAAAACUAUGCAAACCACUACCCCAGGGACUCGGCCUGAGCCCACAAGGACGUUCUUACCUGGGGAGCCACCCCCCUGCAGCCCCAGGAGCCUAGAGGAGCCUGGGCUGCUCUCAAGGGCCAGGGAUGCCACCCAGGAUCUUGCCAUCAUACCCCACCCCGUAGAGCGGGGACUCCCACCAGGAAAGGCAGAUGACCCUGGUCCACUUGAGGGCUUGCAAGCACUGAGAUUUGGAGACCUCCUGGAGGGAGGAGGCACUGAGGCUACUGGGCAGACCAGUUCUACUCAGGGAGGGUUGCAAAGUGAAAGUUCUGUGGGUCAGGGGGUGCCACGACCCCCUUUGGGGGCUGCCCCUCAAGCACUGGAACAGACAGCGGGAAGCCCGGUUGCCCUGGAGAAGGAUGACGGUUCUCAGAAGGUCCCGGAUGCAGCCCCGCUGCAGGAGGAGGAAGCUCAGCUGGCAGAGAACGGAGGGGACUCAGAGGUGGACUGGGGGACUCCCAACCACAGCCACCCACCCAGAGUGCUGCCAGGCUUGGAUGCUUUGGUGGCUGCCACUGUGGACCUAGGGGACCUGCCUGACAUCAACCUGCCAGCCCCUCAGACCCCAGCAGCCUCGGUGCCUCUCAGCACGGCCCCUCAACCCCAUACCUCAGGGAUUCACGGGAUCGCCCUGCUCAGUGAGCUAGCUGACCUGGAGAUCCAGCGGCAGAAGAGCGAGCUGGCCGUGCAAGCGGAGGACGAGGACGUGCUGGCCUUCAACCUGCAGCACCUUGCCACACUGGCCACAGCUUGGUCCCUAGUCGAGGCUGCUAGCCUGGACAACUCAGUCACUUCACUGCAGGCCCCAGCUACUGGCCCAGACCGAGGGCCCAGGCUCACCCCUAGGAUGCAGAUCCUGCAGCGCAAGGACACCUGGGCGCCUAAAACCAAGCCUGUAUGUCCCCUGAAGGCUGCCAUUGACCGGCUGGAUACACAGGAAGUGGAGAUGCGCAUGCAGCUGGCAGAGCUGCAGAGGCGCUACAAGGAGAAGCAGAGGGAGCUGGUGCGCCUGCAGCGCAGGCAUGACCAUGAGAGAGAGGAGAGCUCACGGAGUCCUGCACGAAGGGGGCCUGGCCGGCCGAGGAAGCGCAAGCAUUCGAGCUCACUGCCCACUCUGCGUCCUGGGGGCCAGCUUGCCAGGAGCGAUGGCAAGAAAGUCAAGGCUGUCCGUGCUAGCCUAAGUUUGCUGUGUGCUGAGCUACGAGGGGACGAGCCCACAAGGAAGAGAAGCAAACUGGAAAAGAGGACCUACCCAGGCCUGCAGACGGCCUCCUCCGAGAAGGCUCGGUGCAAGAAGGGCUGUGGCCAGGCCGAGCUGCCACCGUCAGUGACCCACAAGGUGACCCAGCUGAAGCCAAGAGUCAAGAGCAAGGGGCUGCCCGCCGGCCUGAGUGCCUUCCAGCGCAAAGAGGCUGCCCCAGGUGGGCGCAUCCGGAAGAAGCUCUCUAGAGCCAAGAGUGUCAAGGGGUCAGGGCCAACACCGCAUCCACACCCCGAUGGGGACGGUGGCAGGGAAAUGCCCAAGUUCCCAGCCCAGCCAGCAGUGGCUGUGGCACAUGAGGCAGGCAACGGCUAUGACAGUGAAGACUGCCAGGCAUUCCUGGGGACAGAGGCUGCUCCCAGGGAGCCUGGGCUGGUGCUGCACCCAGGGGCCAGUAUGGCAGUCCUGGGGCCUUCACCUUCCUCCGUGGUCAAGAUGGAAGCCAACCAAAAGGCCAAGAAGAAAAAGGAGAGGCAGGGUUUGCUAGGGGCCUGCCGCCUAUCGAGCCCUGAGGGCGAGGUUAAGAUCAAGAGGCGAGCAGUGAAGAGCAAGGCGGGCCCCAAGCUGGAGCGGGCACCAGGGCGGCGGCCCCCAGGUGCCCCGGGCAAGAAGAAAGCCAAGGGCAAGGUAAAAAGUGGCCUUUGUGCAGAGCCUGGGGCUGCCACCAGCAGGGAUACGCUUUUCAGUCCCACUCGGACCUUCGCCUGCCGAGAGGAGGGCGGCCAACUUGCCAGUGAGCGCCUCAAGAGAGCCACGCGCAAGAGCGCCAUGUUGCAGCCAGUACUGAGGCGUAAGAACGGGGCCUUGUCCAUCGCCCUGUCCGCCCGCAACGCCAAGGCCGUCCUGGGAAAGAGCAGGAAGCUGACGAAGGUGAAGAGAGAGACUGUCGGCAAGCAGGGCCAGGGCCGAGCUAUGAGCCGGCUGCUGGAGAGCUUCGCUGUUGAAGAUGACUUUGAGUUUGACGACGACAGCAGCUUCUCGGAUGAGGAGGAGGAAGAGGAAGCAGAGGAGGCCAGUGUCCAGCUAAGUGCAGAGCAGAGUGCCGCCCUGGCUCGGUCCUGCAUCAUCCACAAGGAGGACCUGCAGGAUGGACUGCCUGUGCUGAUCCCCAAGGAGGACAGUCUGCUGUAUGCGGGCAGCGUCAGGACCCUGCAGCCCCCCGACAUUUACAGCAUCAUCAUUGAGGGUGAGAGAGGUAACCGGCCGCGCAUCUAUUCGCUGGAGCAGCUGCUGCAAGAGGCGGUUCUUGAUGUCCGGCCGCAGUCCAGUCGGUACCUUCCACCUGGCACCCGGGUGUGCGCAUACUGGAGUCAGAAGUCUCGGUGCCUGUAUCCAGGCAACGUGGUUCGAGGUGCUUCAGGUGACGAAGAAGACGACCUGGAUUCUGUGGUGGUGGAGUUUGACGACGGAGACACGGGCCACAUCGCUGUCUCUAACAUCAGGUUGCUGCCUCCAGACUUCAAGAUCCAGUGUACAGAGCCCUCUCCAGCCCUGCUGGUGUCCAGCAGCUGCCGGAGGACCAAAAAGGCACCCAGUGAGGCCCCCCAACCCAGUGACGCGCCUUCUCCCAGCCUGUCCCCUAAAGUGCAGGAUGGCCCUGAACCUUCCAAGACCCCAGGGAAGAAAUCCAUCAGCAAAGACAAAGCUGGCAAAGUCGACCUCCUAACCUCAGGUGCCAAGUCCCCCACGGGGGCCUCAGACCACUUCCUAGGCCGCAGGGGCAGCCCCCUGCUGAGCUGGUCAGCAAUGGCCCAGACCAAGCGGAAAGCGGUGGCUGCGGCCGCGGCAGGUGGCAAAGGGCCGGGGAUGCUGCAGAACCUCUUUCAGCUCAACGGAAGCAAGAAGCUGCGGGCCCGGGAGACCCUGUUUCCCAUGCACAGCAUGGCUGCCCCUGUGUUUGGUAACAGCUUCCGUGCGGACUCCUUCAGCAGCCUGGCCAGUUCCUACACGCCCUUUGUUGGAGGGGCCGGGGCAGGCCUGCCGGGGGGAGCCCACAAGCUGCUUCGGGCCAAGAAAGUCGAGCGUGCUGAAGCAGAAAAGGCGGGCAGGCGGCGGGCAGGCGGCGAGUUCCUGGUUAAGCUGGACCAUGAGGGUGUGACCUCUCCCAAAAACAAAAACUGCAAGGCUCUGCUCAUGGGCGACAAGGACUUUGGACCCAAGCUAGGGAGGCCUCUAGUGAGCCCCAGUUACGCACACCCAGCCCUCAUGGGCAAGGACAAGAAGGGGCGGGCACCCAUGCAUCCACUUCCCAUGGGCCUGGCUCUGCGCAAGUACCCACUGCCCUGUGACAGCGACUGCCCCAGCUCCUACUCCGAUGAGGACGAAGAUGGGCCAGGGCUGGCCACUGGCGUGCCCUCCCGCUUUCUCACCCGCCUCUCCAUGUCUUCGUCGUCCUCUGGAUCGUCCACGUCCUCUUCCUCGGGCUCCAUGUCCACCUCCAGCCUCUGCUCCUCGGAUAACGAGGACUCCUCUUACAGCUCCGAUGAUGAGGACCCUGCUCUGCUGCUGCAGACCUGUCUUACCCGCCCUGUACCCGCCCUCCUGGCCCCACCCGAAGCCCUUCGCACCAAGGGUAGCAGCCCCCACGCCCACGCCCAGCGCUGCUUCCUGUCCAGGGCCGGAGUGGGUGGUGCAGGUGCAGCUGCAGGUGCUAGUCCCAGUGGCGGCAAGUCCAAGUUCAAGCGCAAGGAGGCCCUGAGCUUCUCCAAAGCCAAAGAGCUUUCUCGGAGGCAACGGCUGCCCUCCGUGGAAAACCGGCCAAAGAUCUCAGCCUUCCUGCCUGCCCGGCAGCUCUGGAAGUGGUCGGGGAACCCCACACAGAGGCGAGGCAUGAAGGGGAAAGCCAGGAAACUGUUCUACAAGGCCAUCGUCAGAGGCGAGGAGACACUGCGCAUUGGGGACUGUGCAGUCUUCCUGUCCGCUGGACGACCCAACCUGCCCUAUAUUGGUCGCAUCGAGAGCUUGUGGGAGUCGUGGGGUAGCAACAUGGUGGUGAAGGUCAAAUGGUUCUACCACCCCGAGGAGACCAAGCUGGGGAAGCGGCAGAGUGAUGGGAAGAACGCACUAUACCAGUCUUGCCAUGAGGAUGAGAACGACGUGCAGACCAUCUCCCACAAGUGCCAGGUGCUGGGGCGAGAGCAGUAUGAGCAGAUGAUGCGGGGCCGCAAGUACCAGGACCAGCAGGACCUCUAUUACUUGGCGGGCACCUACGAUCCCACCACUGGACGCCUGGUGACAGCUGACGGUGUGCCCAUCCUGUGCUGAGCUGCCUCUGCCCACCCUCACCCAUGGCUGCAGCCAAGAGGUCAGCUAGCCAGGAACUGGUCUGAGCAAAUAUGCAAUCCCCCCCCACGGCGGGAUCAGGCUUCUCCUCCUCGAAGUUCUCUGGACAGAGCUCCUAGGCUGGACCCCAGUCCCAUCCUAGCUGCUCCAGAGGGAGGGCUGGCUGGUCCCUCAGGGACUGGCUGCUCUGCCGAUGCACCACAGUUCUCGAGAGAUUAGAAUCCAAGCCAUAUUUCCCUAGUACCUCCGACUGUCUCCCACCAGGGAAAGCAGAAAUCAGGUGUGUUAUCUAUUUAUUUCUCUAUGUAAAUAUUGUAUUUCUGUGGGGAAGUUUUAUGGGGGGAAAAAUGGAAAAGGAUUUUUCCCCACUUUCGUGACAAGGGUGUGUGUGUGCGUGCGCGCGUGUGUGUGCGUGUGUACAAAUGCACACGUGCAUUGUGUGUGUGUGUGUGAGUGUGUGUGUGGUUUUGUCCUGGGGUUUUCUUUGGAAAUGCACUGUUCUCGCCUAGUUGGAUUCCAACAGGGGCAUCUGUGACUGCAGAGGUUGCUGGAAUGAGGGCAAGGCCAAAGGCCGUGGGAUGGUCACAUGAGACCCCAGUCACACCCUCCUGUCCUUUGGGGUCCAGCUGUGUGAAGGAAAUGGCACUGCAGUGUAUUUCCUUCCAGUACACCCCAUACAGAAAAGUAUUGGGGUGGGGGCAGUGGUGGUGGCCCUGGGAGGAAAGGGUUCCGGCCACAAGGCGACAACAGCCAGGAUCGGUCUGCCCCGCUCUGCAGCCCAGGAGUAUGGCAGCAGGGCCAUAUAUAUAUCUUACCUCUGUUUGAAACAAAACAAACGAACAAAUAUUUUGAAGUAUCAAUAAGAAAAAUGGAUGUUUAGACUUCCUUUCCUGAAUAUCUCAAGUUAUUUCUGGUUUCCGUUUCCACAGCCAGCUUGUUGCAGGGAGCGAAGCCUGGCCUCACCCAAGCAGGGUGUAGUUGGCCCCUUGCCCCCUCCAUCCCUACCCUUGUCCUCCAGGACACCGGUUGCCUCCUCCCAAGAGCAGCAGGGUUUCCACAAUGGUGCAGCUGGCCCAGGUCACUUCUGGGCCAGAAUUUGGGGCCCCCCUGGGGUUGGUCCACCCUUCUACAUGAGUACCCCCUCAUCAGUAAGACUCUCCUUUUCCCACCAGACCCUUUCCCUGGAGCCCACCACCUCUGGCUGACCUCAAGUGAUGAGGCUGGGCCGGAGGUGCUGGAGUCAAAAAGAAUAGCAGAAUGGCAAGGUGCCGCUCACCCAAGGGGACAGGCAGGUCCGUCUGGCCCCCUGUCUCUCAACCCAGACCCUGGUCCUGAGGCCCCUUUGUCCAUCCCAUCCCAUGACAGUUUCUGGAUCUUUUUUAGAGCUACUCAGCAGGGCACAUAGCAUGGCAGGCUCAUGCAUGGAGUAUAUAACGGGUCCUUUCUGGCCUCUUGCACCCAAACCCUGGCCCCACGUACGAGGGAAGCCCAGCAGCCCUUCUCCCAUGAUGGAAAGAGCAGGCUAGACCCAUGGACCGAAGGCCUUUGUCCUCAAAAAUGCCUGUGGCACACACGCUCCCCAUUGUUCCCCCAGGCGGAGGCUUCCUAAGAGGCAAGGAGUACUGGGUGCCCAGCCAUCUCCCUUUGCUCGGGCCCACCAGGAGUCUGUGCCAAUUCCAGUGAACAUUUCUCUCCCUAGUUGCUCAAAGGGCCCCUGUGGUGGCCUAGGAUAACCAAGGGUACCCCAUUCCCGGCUGCCCCGUCACCCCGAGGCUUUUUCUGUUCUCCACACGAGUGCAAUAUUUCAUUCCUGGAGGUCAUCGGAAACGAUGGCCACCAAGGUCCCGCUCACAGCUAGGGAGUCAGAGUUGAUGGUGAAUGAAGAGACCAGCGCCAGGGAUGGUGCUAGAAUUCGCUGCUCAGAACCCCCAGUAUCCAGGGGCACCGGAGCAAGCAGAAAGGCUGUUCUGUUGGCCGCCUUCUGGAUGUUUCUUUCUCCCUCUGCUGAGCUGUCCCCUCUGUCUUUAUCUCUCCCCUCUCCUUUCUGUGUGCACACGUGAAUGGCGUGACCCCCUCCUCCCCAGCUGUGGCUAACCGUGGUGAAAGCAGGAUUCUUGUAAAUGUGUAAACUAAGAGGCAGGUUGGAUUUUUGUUUUCAAUGUAAACACUAAAUACAAAACAAACAAAAACACAAAGGUUUUAUGAACAGCAAACUCUAUGUAAAGGCAUUUUAGUAUUAAAUUUUUUAUUGAUAACUUGCUUAAGAAUAAAUAUAUGAACUAUUGUACAGGU